AUGUUAUUAAAAAAUGCAUCGGUUUUUAUAAAGCGCUUUUCCGACGCUCAAAGACACGGCAACAUCAUUAUUCCUCUCUCUCCAAACACGUGGGGGGGGGGGGGGGGGGGGGGGGGGGGGGGGGGGGGGGGGGGGGGGGGGGGGGGGGGGGGGGGGGGGGGGGGGGGGGGGGGGGGGGGGGGGGGGGGGGGGGGGGGGGGGGGGGGGGGGGGGGGGGGGGGGGGGGGGGGGGGGGGGGGGGGGGGGGGGGGGGGGGGGGGGGGGGGGGGGGGGGGGGGGGGGGGGGGGGGGGGGGGGGGGGGGGGGGGGGGGGGGGGGGGGGGGGGGGGGGGGGGGGGGGGGGGGGGGGGGGGGGGGGGGGGGGGGGGGGGGGGGGGGGGGGGGGGGGGGGGGGGGGGGGGGGGGGGGGGGGGGGGGGGGGGGGGGGGGGGGGGGGGGGGGGGGGGGGGGGGGGGGGGGGGGGGGGGGGUUGGGGGGGGGGGGGGGGGGGGGGGGGGGGGGGGGGGGGGGGGGGGGGGGGGGGGGGGGGGGGGGGGGGGGGGGGGGGGGGGGGGGGGGGGGGGGGGGGGGGGGGGGGGGGGGGGGGGGGGGGGGGGGGGGGGGGGGGGGGGGGGGGGGGGGGGGGGGGGGGGGGGGGGGGGGGGGGGGGGGGGGGGGGGGGGGGGGGGGGGGGGGGGGGGGGGGGGGGGGGGAGGGGGGGGGGGGGGGGGGGGGGGGGGGGGGGGGGGGGGGGGGGGGGGGGGGGGGGGGGGAGUGGGGGGGGGGGGGGGGGGGGGGGGGGGGGGGGAGGGGGGAGUAUGA